AUGCCCCCUCCCACCCUUAAGGUUUUAAAUGUGGCGGAGAAACCGCAUCUCAUGUCCCUCGAUUUCCCUGCACCCUUCUCAUCUUGGAACGCUGUUUUUCCUGAAGCGCUUUUUACAGCCCCUGUGCUAAAACGCGUCAGCGACUCCGCGAAAGACAUCGUCGAAAAUCUGAAGACGUAUGCGAAGAAGUGUCAGUGGCUCGUGUUGUGGCUCGACUGCGACCGAGAGGGAGAAAAUAUUGCUUUCGAGGUGUUACAAGUGUGCAGAGAAGCAAAUCGGAACAUUCAGUCGUUCCGCGCAAUUUUUUCCGCCGUGACAAGGCAAGACAUCGAAAGGGCGUGCCAGCGUCUGCAACAACCAAAUGAAGCCCUUUCACAGGCAGCAGAUGCCCGGUCUGAAGUCGACUUGCGCAUUGGCGCCGCCUUUACGCGAUUUCUCACAAAGCGGUACCAGAAUAAGUUGUCGCUCCAGAAGGGACUCAUAAGCUAUGGUCCCUGCCAGUUCCCCACCUUGGGUUUCGUUGUUGAACGAUACCUGGAGGUCGAAAAGUUUGUCGCGGAAAAAUUUUGGACUCUUCGAGUCACUGUUGACAGAGACGACGAGGAACGACCAGGUCACCGUCUCCUCGUCGACUUCCAGUGGGAGCGGCAGCGCCUUUUUGACCAAGCCGUCGUAAUCGCUUGUCUCGAGCUCUGCUGCGAGAAACCAGAAGCGCUCAUCACUGCAGUCGAGUGCCGCGAAGUUACUAGACCCAGACCCGUCCCUCUGAGUGAGCCGUUCAUAGGCAAACAGCCACCGUGUUGA